AUGUCCUCCGCGGCGGUCGCCGCCUCCCGAAGGCAGUCCUGCUAUUUGUGCGAUUUGCCCCGCAUGCCGUGGGCGAUGAUUUGGGAUUUUAUCGAGCCCGUUUGUCGCGGAUGUGUCAACUACGAGGGCGCCGACCGGAUUGAGUUUGUCAUCGAGACGGCGCGGCAGCUGAAGAGAGCGCACGGCUUCCAGGAGGGCCGCUCUCCGGGCCCGGGGAAACCCCAACAACACGUCGGGAAGGAGAUGAACCACUCGGCCGGGGACCCGGGCUCCCGUCCGCCGCAGCCCCUGGACCGCUACCCGCUCUCCGACAGGCCGCCCCGCCUGGGGCCGGAGUACCAAACGGGCAGGCAAGCCAACGGGCUCCCGUUGCCCAACGGAUAUCCCAAACCCGACGAGCCGCCGGAGCUGAACCGCCAGAGCCCCAACCCCCGGAGGAGUAGCGCGGUCCCCCCGAGCCUGGUGCCUUUGGUGAACGGCGGCAUUUCCGGCGUGCACCCGCUCAACGGUCGCCCGGGUCCGAUGGGUCUGCCGGGGGCUCUGGCUCUGGCCGGCCCCGCCGACCACGGCAAGCGGUCGGAGGAGCUGAAGGACAAGCACAGGCCGGACAGCCUGUCGGACGUGCCGGACGGCCACAAGGACUGGAUGGGCAAAGGCAAAAUGAUGGCGCUGCACGCGUUCGACGGCAGGUUCAAGAAGGAGCACGCCGCCAUGCAGCGGGUGCUGGCGUACGAGGCCGGUCCCACUUCCUCAAAAACGGACAGGGGGAAGCACACCCGCCCCGUGAAGAGGAAGGCCUCCCCGGAGCCCGAUGGAGAGGGCAGCGCCCCCAAGAUGAACGGCAGUAGUGAGGGCCAGCCGUGGCUCCCCUCCCCGUCCGAGGUCCUGAAGAUGCCCCCGUCAUCUCUGUCCGGCUUCUCCUCGGCGCCGCCCUCCACCAUGUCCCCCCACUCCCGCACCACCCCCCCGGAAGCGUCCGCCGCCUCCGCCGCCGCGGCGCAGAACGGCCAGUCCCCCAUGGCGGCGCUCAUCCACGCCACCGACAACAUCGGCAGCACGGGCUCCCCCAAGGAGGGCGGCCAGGUCCACUCCACCACGUCCGGCGCCCGGCGGAACAGCGGCAGCCCCCUGUCCCCCUCCCCGGCGUCCCAGAGGAGACUGGCCCAGAGGGAGGGGCCGGCGGGCUCCAACGAACACGCAUUUGUCCUGAUCCGAGGACUCUCUGGGCUCCAGAUUGGGGGCCCAGAAAUGUGA